AUGCUCGGUAACGGUCGCUGCGAGGCGCUUUGCAUCGACGGGAUUAAGCGGCUCUCCCACAUCCGAGGCAAGAUGCAUAAGAAGGUGUGGAUCGCUGCAGGAGAUAUUAUCCUGGUUGGGCUGCGAGAUUACCAAGACGACAAGGCUGAUGUCAUUCUGAAGUAUCAACCGGACGAGGCGCGCCUUUUGAAGGCGUAUGGAGAAUUGCCGGAUAAUAUCAGGUUGAACGAGGGUAUUGCCGGAGGCAUGGACGAAGAGGGGCCCACCAGUCCUCCUCCCCCCUGGGGAGCUCGCUGGCCAGCAACGCACAGGACCCACCGGUCCUCUUCCCCCCUGGGGAGCUCGCUGGCCAGCACCGCACAGGACCCACCGGUCCUCCUCCCCCCUGGGGAGCUCGCUGGCCAGCACCGCACAAGACCCACCGGUCCUCCUCCCCACUGGGGAUCUCGCUGGCCAGCACCGCAUAGGACCCACCGGUCCUCCUCCCCCCUGGGGAGCUCGCUGGCCAGCACCGCACAGGACCCACCGGCCCUCCUCCCCCCUGGGGAGCUCGCUGGCCAGCACCGCACAGGACCCACCGGUCCUCCUCCCCCCUGGGGAGCUCGCUGGCCAGCACCGCACAGGACCCACCGGUCCUCCUCCCCCCUCAGGAGCUCGCUGGCCAGCACCGCACAGGACCCACCGGUCCUCCUCCCCCCUGAGGAGCUCGCUGGCCAGCACCGCACGGGAGCGCAUGGGGUUGUGCCAAUUGUUUGCCGCAGUCUUUCUUCGCCGAUGGUCUCUCAUGGCGACCCAAAGCUAUGGUAG